AUGCGGUUCACGCUUUCCCCCUCAUCUCCCCUCUGUCUCCUCUUCCAUCCAUUCCCCCGUUCCCCGCCUCCCUCUUCUCCCCGCUUCCCCCUUCCUUCCCCUCUCCCCCCUUCCUUCCCCUCUCUCCGCCCAUCCCCCCGCCUUUUCCCCCGCUCCGCGCAGCGGCUGCGCUGCGAGGUGUUCAUGUCGCAGCCGCGCGGGCGCGAUCAGCUGCUGGGCGCCGCGAACGUGUCGUUGGAGGAGAUUAUAUCGCGUACAGCCAAGCUCUCCAAGAAACCCGCGGAGUUUAAGUUCGUACCAGUUCAAACCCGUCUCUCCUCUCGUUCUCUCCCCGUGACGCUCUCGUCUUCUCCGCUUCCCCCCGCCAGGCUGCUGAGCAACAGCAGCGCUCCCGCGGGUGCGCUCGUGCUCACGCUCACCUACCACGGCCGCUCCGCCUCUUCCUCUCGCCCCGCCGCGCAGCCCGCCGCGCAGCCCUCCGCGCAAUUCGGUGCGCAGUCCGCCGCGCAGUCCGACGGACAAGCCGGCGCGGCGGCCGCGGCAGCGGCGGCGGCUGCCGGGGCGUUCUCGCGGUUUGCGUUCCCGCCUUCCCCGCAAGAUUCCGCCUCCGCCGCCGCUGCCGCGAUCGCGCUGCUCCCCGCAAAGAGAACGCCCCCCCCGCUCCUCGCGUCGUUCGCGAUGGUUGCGCCCCCACCCAAUUCUGGAUCCCACCCCGCGUCUAGCGCUGUAGACGCGAUAGCAGCCGCGCUAUUCCCGCGGGCGCACAUCCAAGCGCAGUCUCAGGCGCAGGCUCAGGCGCAGGUUCAGGCGCAGGCGCAAGCGCAGGCGCAAAUGCACCCGCAGAUGCUGACAUCACCCCAGCUGACUCCGCCCAUGUUCCCCCCCGCGUCUUCCCCGUUUCCGCCUCCCCCUUCCCCGCCUGGCGCUAUUGCGCAGGCGGCAGGGGCUUCUGCGCCGCCCCCUUCGUUUUUUAAUCCUUCGCCCUCGUUAGUAUCACAUCCCUCGCCUUCGUUAGUAUCACAUCCUGCCCCCUCGUUACUGUCACAUCCUUCCGCCCCAGCGGCGCCGUUACUUUUCAACCACCUGGCCUCGUCCGCCGCUGCGCCGUCAUCGCAGCGCUGGGGCGCAAUAGAAGGCGCGUCGCAGCUAGAAUCAAGGCGGGUAGUAACGGGGACGGAGGUGGAAAAUCGCGCAGUCGGGGACUUUACCAGCGCGAACGGGGCGGGGCAAGGCGCGCUGCGUGGUAUACCUUCCGCGGAGUUCAGUUUGGGGGGAGCGCGGAUCGGCGGAGCGGGAGUAGGCGGCGCAGGAGCAGGGGGGGCGGGGGGAACGGCGGGGGUAGCGGGGGCGGCAGCGGAGCUGAUGACGAUGGCACAAAACGACAGCACGCACAGGUCGUAUCUGGCCAGGCAGUUACUGGACUCGAGCGCUGCAAUGCAGGGCGGCGCGAGUAUGGGGCCGCUAGAUUUGGGUCCAUCCAACGGUGGAGAUGCAAGCAUGGGGGCGGUAGAUCUGCGGGGUGCUAGUUUGGGGGCUGUGGCCGCAGGAUCCGCGGAGCCCGUAAAGGCGGAGCAAGCAGGCGGAGUUCUGGGGGAAUUGGGUGGGGGAAGGAUGGGGGGAACGGGUAAGACAUCCCUGCCCCCCUGCUUGGAUCUCUCCGCGGGUCUGGGCAGAGCAGGGGGAGCGGAAGGGGGCAUUGGGGGGAGAAGGAAGAGCUUGAGGCGGGAACGGGAGUGGUUGCUGCUGAAAAGCCCGCUUCGUUGCUCCCGUCCCUCCCCUCCUUCUCCUGUCGCUCCCGCAGCACUGCUGCCUGCCCUGCGGCUGCUGCAGCCAGGCUUGGGCCAAGCCGGCAUCCGAGCCUCCUCGAAGCCUUCCUCCCGCUCGAUCCUGCCUUCCCCGUUUGCCGCCAGUGAUGCUGCUACCAACACCUCUGCUAGUGCAGCAAUGGGUGGUGGUGGUGGUGGUGCUGGUGCUGGUGGUGCUGGUGCUGGUGCUGGUGCUGGUGUUGGUGCUGGGUUAGGGGCGGCUUUUGAGUCGAUUCAAAAGUCACCUCGGGGUGCCGGUGCUGGUUCAGGGGCGGGUGUAGGGGCGGAGCAGGGCACGAGGAAGGGGAGUUUCCUACCCCACCUGAUGCUGGCACUGGAGAAUUCUAAAAAGGCGAAGCAGGGCACAGGGGUAGGUGCGCUCAGCAGUGCCCUCAGUGCUACAGCCGGUGCUACAGCCGGUGCAACAGCCAGUGCCGUGGCCGGUUUUACAGCUACUGCUACAGCGAGUGCUACAGGUGGGGCGUCUAGUGCUGUCUGUGGUCCAAGGCAGGCUGGCAGCAGUGGCACACCGGGUAUUGCUGACAUGCCAGAGGACGUGCGCAUGGCUGAAGCUGCCGGUUCUUCUCACAUGCCUUCCCUUCACCGUGCACAUCUGACACAUCAACCCCCCUCUCUGUCCGCUGCAGAGGCUGCUGCUGCUGGGAAGAACCGUCCAAAUCUAGCCACCCAGCAGCAGCACCAGCAGCAGCAGCAGGAGAGGGCACAGACGGAGGAAGGAAACGGGCAGGUCUCACCAAAGCCUCCUGCCUGGCAGCGCAGCUUUGCUGCAGCAUUUGCAGCAGCCAGUGUGACCCCCUCAGCUCAUGCCGAUGCCUCCCCUCCUAUUCCCUCUGCCCCCGCUCCUUCCGCUCCUGCUUCUGCUCCCCCUCCCAAUCCUGCUCCGCCUGCUCCUCGCCCUUCUGCUCUCUCUCCUCCCACUGCCCCCAGCGCGUUUGCCGCCACCUCUCCCUCUCCCUCUCCUCCCUCUCUUUCCUCUCCUCCCUCACCACCCUCCAUCCCCUCCUCUUCUCCUGCUUCCUCCUCCAACCCCUCCUCCACCACCUGCCCCCUCACGGCCCUCCAAGGCUCGCUGCCGAACCUCCCGCUGCCGGGCCUACCGCUGCCGAGCCUGCUGUCGUGGCAUCGCAAGGUGGAGGGGGAGGAGGCGGCGCUGCUGAGAGAGCAGGCAGCCGCCAUCUGGCAGGUCUCUAAGGCGCUCAUGGGUGCAGGCACGGGCACAGCAGCAGCAGGCACGGCCACAGCUACAUCAGCUGCUGCAAAUCAUUCGACUAGUGGCUGUGUGCAAGCAGAACAGCUACACGAACAAACGGCAUGCUCGGCACACCAGCAUGGGGCGAGCGGCGGUGCGUUGGCGAGCUUUGAAGCAUCUCAAAACGCGCAUCAAAGGGGAAACGUGCAUCAAAGAGGGGGAGCUGGCAGUGUGGUGGGGGCACACCAGCAGGCUGCUAAUGGCAGUGCGAUCCCAGCCCAGUCACAUGGGUUGGCACAGCAGCAAACGACAAGUACGGCGGGUGCAGCACCAGCACUGCCACCAGAUGGCUGUGAGAUGUCAGCGCAACAGCAUGCAGCGGCGGUGUGGCAAGCGAGCAUGGGGAAGAGCAGGGAGGAGGCGGAGGCGCUCUGUGAGCAGGCUGUGCGGGCCGGCACUCUCACUCACGACCAGGCGGCUGAGUUCUGUGGACUGCUGUCCAAGGAGAGCCUGCGGAGCUUGCGAGAGUCUCUCUUGGCGAUGGAGGACAAGUUUCGAGGGUGCUCGAUAGAGGACUUGGAGGAGAGCCGCCGGCAGGCGUGGCGGGAGUUUUGGGAGAAGCUAGAGGCGGGCAGACGGCGAGGAGGGGCGGCAGCUGCUGCUGCGGGCGGGCCGAAUGGGGCUGUGGGAGCUGGGGCUGGAAGCGGUGGAGAGGAGGAGAGGAGGAGGGGGGAUGACUGCUGCCUGGGAUGCACAGGGCGGGCCGAAUGGGAUGCACAGGGCGGGCCGAAUGGGGCUGUGGGGGCUAUGGCAAUGGCUGCUUGUGCAUAUUCUACGGCUGCCGCACAUUUUUCUGAGGUGCCAUGGCAUGUGAAGGAAGGAAUCGGUUUGCUGGUGAAGGAAUUGGAGUUGAAAACGCUCUUUGGGUUUCAGGAGAAACUGGAGGCGGACAGGAGAGGAGGGGCGGCUGCUGCUGCUCAUGACGCACAGGGCAGGGCGAAUCGGGCAGUGGGAACUGCGACUGGGAGUAGUCCCGGCAAUGGCUCGGCGAGGAGGGUGGGGGUGCUGCUCGUGAUGCACAGGUCGGGCCAAAAGGGGUUGUGGGAGCCAGGGGUGGAGGCGGUGCGGGCUUUGGCUUGUGCGUUUUUUUACGGCUGCCUCUCGUUUUUCUAA